AUGGAACCCACAAACCAAACCACUGUUUCAGAAUUCCUUCUUCUGGGACUGACAGAUGACCCAACACUGCAGCCCCUCAUCUUCAGCCUCUUCCUGUCGUAUCUGGUCACCAUCCUGGGGAACCUGCUCAUCAUCCUGGCUGUCAACUCUGACCCCCACCUCCACAACCCCAUGUACUUCUUCCUCUGCAGUCUCUCCUUUAAUGAUAUCUGUUUAGGCACAUGUAUAAUCCCAAAGAUGCUACUGAGCAUCCAAAACCAGGAUCAGAGAAUCACUUAUGCAGGCUGCCUAACCCAGGUGUGCUUUGUCAUAGUAUUUGCACUUUUAGAAAAAUUUUUCCUUGGGGUAAUGUCCUAUGACUGCUCUGUGGCCAUUUGUCACACCCUGAGGUACAGAGUCAUCAUGAACCCCUGCCUCUGUGUCCUUUUGAUCAUGAUCUCCUUGCUUAUCAGCAUUUUUCAUGGCUUACUGCGUAGUCUGAUGGUGCUGAGGCUGUCCUUCUGCGUAGACCUGGAGAUUCCCCACUUCUUCUGUGACUUUGCUCAAGUUGUCAACCUGGCCUGUUCUGACAGCCUAGUUGAAAACAUACUGAUAUAUGUUUCGUCUUGCAUAUUUGUUGGUGUUCCUCUCUCUGGGAUCAUUUUCUCUUACAUUCACAUCAUGUCCUCUGUCUUGAGAAUGCCCUCAUCAGAAGGAAAUCAUAAAGCCUUUUCCACCUGUGGGUCUCCCCUGUCUGUCGUCUCCUUGUUCUAUGGGACAGGUUUUGGGGUGUACAUUAGCUUUGCAGUGACUGAAUCUCCCAGGAAGUCUGCAGUGGCUUCAGUGAUGUAUACUCUGGUCCCUCAGAUGCUGAACCCUUUUAUCUAUAGCCUGAGGAACAGGGACAUGAAGGAGGUCUUGAGGAAACUCACUGGAAUGAGGACUUCUCUUCUAUGA